AUGGCUGAAGAAAAAGAUUACCUUUUUAAACUUCUUCUUAUUGGUGAUUCAGGAGUAGGAAAAUCUUGCUUAUUGUUAAGAUUUGCUGAUGACACAUAUACUGAUACUCAUAUUGCUACAAUUGGAGUAGAUUUUAAGAUUAAGACUGUUCAAAUAGACGGUAAAAAUAUUAAGUUACAAAUUUGGGAUACUGCUGGACAAGAAAGAUUCAGAACUAUUACUUCAUCUUACUAUAGAGGUGCUCAAGGUAUUAUCGUCGUCUAUUCAGUUAUUGAUCUACAAACAUUCCAAAAUGUUAGACAAUGGUUACAAGAAAUUGAAAGAUAUGCUUCAGAAACAGUUAUUAAAUUACUUAUUGGUAAUAAAUGUGAUCUUGAAGAUGAAAGAGCUGUUACUGUAGAACAAGGACAAGAACUUGCUAAUUCAUUGAAUGUAUCAUUCAUGGAAGCCUCUGCUAAGAAAUCAUUAAAUGUUGAUGAAUUGUUCAUUAAAAUCGCUACUGACAUUAUGAAGAAUAUUCAACCUGCUAAUACUUCAAAACCAAGUGAGCAAGCUGAUCUUAAGAAAGGUGGGUCUGAUAAAAAGAAGGGUGGUAAAGGUUUCUGUUCUCUUAUUUAA